AACCCGCAGACCCUCCUUUCACAGCUGCUGCACUUGUGCGGAAGAGUGGACGAGCUGUGACAUUCCACGUCGUGUUUUUUUUUCACCUGUUUUAACCCAAACCGUAAAGAUGUCCACCAAGGAGAAGCUCAUCAGCCAUGUGAUGAAGGAGGAGCCUGUUGGCUGCAGGAACAAGGUGACGGUGGUCGGCGUCGGCAUGGUGGGCAUGGCCUCCGCCGUCAGCAUAUUGCUCAAGGACCUGUGUGAUGAGCUGGCCCUGGUUGACGUGAUGGAGGACAAGUUAAAGGGUGAGGCCAUGGACCUGCAGCACGGAGCCCUCUUCCUCAAGACGCACAAGAUUGUAGCCGACAAAGACUACAGCGUGACCGCCAACUCCAAGGUGGUGGUGGUGACUGCUGGUGCCCGCCAGCAGGAGGGCGAGAGCCGACUCAACUUGGUGCAGCGCAACGUUAACAUCUUCAAGUUCAUCAUCCCCAACAUCGUCAAAUACAGCCCCAACUGCAUCCUGCUGGUGGUCUCUAACCCAGUGGACAUCCUGACCUACGUGGCGUGGAAGCUGAGCGGCUUCCCCCGUCACCGUGUCAUCGGCUCAGGCACCAACCUGGACAGCGCCCGUUUCCGCCACCUCAUGGGGGAGAAGUUCCACAUCCACCCUUCAAGCUGCCACGGCUGGAUCAUCGGAGAGCACGGAGACUCCAGUGUGGCUGUGUGGAGCGGCGUGAAUAUCGCUGGUGUUUGUCUUCAAAACCUCAACCCACAGAUGGGAGCUGAUGAUGACAGUGAGAACUGGAAGGAUGUACACAAGCAGGUGGUCGAUGGGGCCUACGAGGUCAUCAAGCUGAAGGGCUACACUUCCUGGGCGAUCGGUAUGUCUGUGGCUGACCUUGUGGAGAGCAUUAUGAAGAACUUGCACAAAGUUCACCCCGUCUCUACACUUGUCCAGGGCAUGCAUGGUGUGAAAGACGAGGUCUUCCUGAGCAUCCCUUGCAUUCUGGGCAACAGUGGCCUGACGGAUGUCGUCCACAUGACCCUGAAAGCYGAAGAGGAGAAGCAGCUGGUGAAGAGUGCCGAAACCCUGUGGGGCGUACAGAAGGAGCUCACCCUGUGAAAGAGAUCAGCUUUGAAUUCUCCAGGUUGACCCCCCUGCCCGCCCUUCCCACCUUGUGUCCCUCACAGCGACGGGUGAACGAGACUGCAGAUUAUCACGGAGCCAAAGUGCUUGUAGCUAAACCGAACAAAGCUAGGUGUUACACUCGGAAAUUCACUCGCUAAGAUCGUUUUCCUUUUCCACAUCCCACCUGUCCUCGUCCAUCUGUGAGUGAAUAUUUAGAAACUCUCACCCUUAGUCUUUAAGGUCAGCCUGUUUUAGAGAGAGCGCACAUAUCUACUUACUGUACUCCCUGUCGAAUGUUCUCAAGAUCUUCACAUUUUGGAUCUAUGUACUUUGUGUACUGUCUGUUAUUGUCAUCGUGUACAAUUGCUGCUUCCUCUGUACACGUUGUGUGCAAUGUGUAUUAUGUGGAUUUUACUAGUUAUUUAUUCCACCUUGCAAUAAAAGAAGCCUAACAGAGACAUUCCAUUCUCUACCAGGAAAACUCCCUGCUGUACAACAACACUGCCACAUGUUGGGUAUUACUGGGCAAAGGUCCUAUGAUACUGAAGUAUAUAUUCAAGAAAAGCAUUGUUGCAUCUACUGCUUUGCACUUGAAAGUUCUGUCAUAACCGAACCAGGGAGCCAGUGGAGAAAAGUCAGCUAGUACCUUUACCCAGAAUCAGGUCCUGAGUCAACUGUCCCAAGGUUGUUGUGCACCAAAAUCCCCCAAUAGUUUCUAUUUCGCUCAAGAGCUACAUUGUCGUUUAUGAGUAAAGAUGCAGAUUAUUUUACARGAUUUUACUGUAUCGCUUACAGAGAAACUAAUGUCACGGCAGAUGGAUGUUUUUAUUUGCCACAACAUCAAAUAAACCUGCCAGAGUAACGA